GUUGUGCGGUCUAAAAAUUCAUCUCUUUCAUUCGAAACCCUAUUCCUGUGCUCCCCUUUGUGGAACCCUAAUUUGUUUCCUCUUUCAAACCCUAAUCUUACUCUUCUUUAUGCAAAGUCCUGGUUGAUCUUGCUCUUGAUUGCGUCCCUCAGGAAAAUCAUUUGAAAUUUGUCUCUGGUUUCGUGCCAUCUGAAAACCCUAACUGGCUUUCUCUGGUUCCUGUGUUUUUAUCGAAAGCCCAGCUCUUCUGGCCAUCUCUGCAAAUUUCCGAUAGACAUUGGUUUUCACGGUUUGUUCUUGUGGAAAACCGUAAUUCAUUGGCUUAGCAUGGUACCCCUGUAACUUUGGCCUUGUUAUAUAAUCCUCUUAGAAACCAGAGCUUUUUUGCCUUUAUUUCUUUUAGCUUAGCGUCUGAAACCCCCGUUCUAUCUUAUGGCACCUCCUGUUAAAACGUCUGGACCUUCGGACUCAAACUCUAGGCCCGGAAUAAAAGAAGAUGAGUACGAAGGACCUUCUCAUAAUCUAUGGGUUGGAAACCUUUCUUUAGAGACGACAGAGUUAGAUCUUAUGGAUUUGUUCGGAAAAUAUGGGGCUUUGGAUAGUGUGGCUACAUACAAUUUUCGAAACUAUGCCUUUGUGUAUUUUAAGCAUCUUGAAGAUGCAAAAGCAGCAAAGGAAGCGCUUCAGGGAACUGUAGUCAAAGGGAGUGCAUUGAGGAUCGAGUUUGCAAGACCGGCUAAACCUGGGAAGCAUCUUUGGGUGGGUGGGGUGAGUCCAUCUGUAACAAAGGAGCUACUUGAACAAGAGUUUUUGAAGUUUGGAAAGGUGGAGGAAUUCAAAUUCCUCCGGGACAGGAAUUCUGCACUUGUUGAUUAUGUUAAAUUGGAAGAUGCGGUUUCAGCUUUAAAAGCAAUGAAUGGCAAGCUUCUCGGUGGUGAACAGCUACGCGUAGAUUACCUCAGGUCACAGCCUCCAAAAAGAGAAAAUUGGAAUGAUUUUAAUGAUGCAAGAGACAGAAAAUUUUCAGGUUCAUCAGAUGCAUCUUGGAUGCCAAACUCCAAAACUCAGCCUUCUCAACCGUUUGGAGGGGGGCGAAGAGAAGGCCAACCAAGCAAUAUCUUGUGGAUUGGAUACCCACCAUCUGUCCAAAUUGAUGAGCAAAUGCUUCAUAAUGCCAUGAUCCUCUUUGGUGAAAUUGAAAGAAUAAAGAGCUUCCCAUCGAGACAUUACUCAUUUGUCGAAUUCAGGAGUGUUGAUGAGGCUCGGCGGGCAAAGGAAGGUUUACAAGGUCGCCUUUUUAAUGAUCCUAGGAUACAAAUACUGUUUUCAAGCAGUGUAGCACCUGGGAAGGAGGGCUCAAGUUUCUCCCCUGGUAUUAAAGGUCCUAGACCUGAUCUCUUCUUUAAUGAUGCUCCAUUUAGGCCAAUGGAUGUAUUUGGUAAUCGCCCAAUGGGGCCCAACAAUUUUCCUGGUCCUCUAGGUCCAAAUGGAAUGCCUGGACCAAAUAUGCUAAUGAGACCUUUCCCACCACAAGGCUUUGAGGCACCAUUUAAUGGCCCAGAUGUUUUUAACGAUAUGGGGGGUCCUUUCCCUAAUUUCCCUAAUGCAAAUAUGAUACCUGGAAAUUGGAGACAGCUAUCCCCUGGUUCAGGACCUGGCAUGAGACCUACAAUGAGGCCCCUUCCUGGUUCUUGGGAUGGUGGGUUUGAUCAAAGUAAUUUUCAUAGGGAUGCAAAGAGGUCUAGGAUUGAAGGUUCUAACGCAGUUGAAGGAUCUCCUUUUCAUGGAAAGAAAGCAGAUAGUCAGGGCAAUGGCCUUGGGAUGCAAACUGACAAAGGCGUGUUAGGGACCCCAGCUCGUGUUGCUCCUGGUCCAUCUGGCAAGGAUUUUAUCUGGCGUGGAAUCAUUGCUAAGGGGGGAAGUCCUGUCUGUAGUGCUCGAUGCGUACCUGUAGGAAAAGGGAUAGACGCUCAGCUUCCGGAGAUUGUGAAUUGCUCAGCAAGAACAGGAUUAGACAUGCUCACUAAGCAUUAUACCGAGGCCAAUGGGUUUGACAUUGUCUUCUUUUUGCCGGAUAAUGAAAAUGAUUUCGCUUCCUACACUGAGUUUCUGCGAUACCUGGGUGUCAAGAGUCGUGCUGGGGUUGCCAAGUUUGAUGAUGGCACAACCCUAUUUUUGGUGCCACCAUCUGAUUUCUUGACCAAUGUUUUGAAGGUAAGGGGUCCUGAGCGCCUCUAUGGAGUAGUUCUUAAAUUCCCACAACCAAUCUCUGGGGCACCACCUAUUCAACAACCACCCCAACAACUUAUUCCUCAAAUCCCACCCCCACCCCCAUCCCAAUCCCAACAGUUUGUAGAUGGUACCCAGCAAUAUCCUUCUUUGCUAGGGGAUUAUAACAGGGUUUCUCACAAAGAGGAUCAAUCUCUCCAAAUGGAUUAUAACAGGGUUUUGAAUGAGGAUCCUAAUACCCUUGCUGGUGGGAUUAAACAACUGGGAACACAUGCUGAAGAGCCUCAUUUGGGGCAAUCUGCCCAAGAUUAUGUUAAUAAUCUGGCAAAUUCUCAAGUAGGAGUUUCUUUGACACCUGAGGUCAUCGCUGCCUUGGCGGCCAUUCUCCCUGCCAACCUUCAAUCUGCAAAUAGUCAAUUAGGUCCUGCUUCAGCCCUAGUGGCAUCUGCAUUUGGUGCAAAUAUGGCUUCUGACCAGUCAGUGCAAUCACAAGUUUGGAGGCCCGACCAACAACAGUCAAUGGUUUCGAGUGGCCUUCAUCAAUCAAGGGAAGAUCAAGCGAGUUUUCAAAACCAACAACUUGGGCAACAAUUCAAUAGUCAAGCUUCCCUAUUGUCUCAAUAUCCAGGUUAUCCAAAUAUCCCAAGUGGGAUGGAACACAUGGUUAUGGGUGUUCAGGACACCUCUAUGAAUUUCCAACAGGCUACCAUGUCUACUCGCCCGGUGCCUAACAAUUUAGUUCCUUCUCAAGGUGGACAAUACCCAGCUCCCCAGGUUAAUCAAAGUUAUCAGCUUGAUCCUUCUCAAAGUUCUCGAUCACAGGUCCCUCAGCAAAUGAAGCCUUCAUUUUCACCUGGUCAUGUUCAAGGUGGAAAUAUGGCUCAACCACAGGCCAACAUGCAACAGAUGGGAACUGUUAAUACUGAGAUGCCAAAUCCUGUACAACAACUGCAAUCUGCCCUUUCGAUGCCGGAGAGUGAGGCUGACAAGAACCAGCGUUAUCAGUCAACACUGCAAUUUGCUGCUAACCUCCUAAUGCAAAUACAGCAACAGCAACAGCAGCAGCAAGGAAACACCCAAGUGAUGGAUGGCUCUCAAAAUAUGCAAUAGGAGCUUUGGAAGCACUUCUCUGAGGUCCUCUUACCCACUCACUUGGUGAUGGAACUCUCUGGGUAUGCUGCACACAUGCCAAACUAAGGAAGACAAACUCAAAACUUGGCUUGCCAUCAGGUGAGUUGAGCUGACUUACGAAACCAAAAGCGAUUUAGAAAACUUGCUUGAAACCUUACAAAACUUGGGUUUUCUCAGCGAGUCAACAGUGUCUGGCAGUAACACAGUGAAACUUAGUGCACAGUUUUAACGCUCCCAUAGUAAUUUUUAAAUUAUUGUUCCUGAAAUUUUGAUCGAGAGACUGGUACUUGAAACUGACAAAAGGUUCUACAACUAGAGGACCUAGGUCUAUCUCAGUGGAGGGUGUUGCUGAUUUUUCUUUUGUUUUUUAUGGGGGAAAUAUUAACUGUGAGGAGUUGCUGUUGUUUGCCUAACCAGUAAGCUGUCUCUGUUAUUUCAGCUGUCUCUGUUAUUUCUGCAAAGUACAUUCAUGUUGCAAAAUCAUAGACAAGCUGUAGGGGACCUUCCUGCAGUAUCAUUAAAUGCUUGAUGAGGAAAGGUGUGCGGCAUUAUAUUAACUUUGUUUGGUAGUCUUAAUAAUGGGGCAUAGGGAGGUUAAAUCAAACUCUCAUGGUUGUCUACUUAUUUGUAUAAAAGUAAUUAGUAAGUCCUGGGAUUUUGGAGCAGAUAGGUGUAAGUUUUUGUGCUGGAUUCAGUACGGAUUGAGGACAUUCAGAAAAUCGUUAUUGUUUUAAGAAUCGCCUGCAUGGCUUCAUGCUAUCUUCUUGAAAAGCCAUGAUUACUUGAUGACAACUGCAAUAAAAAUUUGGUUUUAGGAUUUUUUAUUGUGUUGUAGAAAACUUUGAUGGAGGGAUUGCAUUCCAUUGUUAUAUGACACACAGGCACAUAUCCAACAUAAUCUGUCUUAGAAUAAGGACAUUUGAGGUAUUUGAACAUUAUCGAUGAAUUCUGAACAUUUCCAUGGUUUGUUAGGAUGUAUCAAUGAUUACAUAGAUUUUUCCAUUCAUGCGAGUGUAGUUUCUUUUUUUGUUAUAGUAGUAUAUGCAAUUAUUUUCAAUUGAGAGUUCCUUCUUUAUAUAAUUGAUCCUUUGAAUUCCUUUGAGAUGAUGUAACUUCACUAUUUGAACCGUGUCUGCUAUCUGAUAUAAGUUUGUGGCACUUAUGCUUUUGAGCCUGUUCAUUUCAAUUUAUUAUCUAGGAAAAGAGUUUGAGACUUGUGGUAGGGCAUACUUUGUUUUAGGUCUAUGGCUUGAAUGCUACUGCUUCUUGGUACAGGCAAAUGACUAUUUUUAUCUCUUUUGUCUUUUGAUAAUGAGUUGAAUGACACGUUUGGUGAAUUUUGAGCUGGUCUAUUUGAAAUUGCAUGAAUGGAAGUGCAUGAAAAUAAGAAAAAUUCAAUGUUUCCUUGUCUUUA